AUGGAUGUUGGAGCAGCUGGGAACAAUAAUAAUGGAGGCUUUCAUGGCUACCGCAGGACAACCUCUGCUGACACAAAACCGGAGGAGGGUUCGGGGGAGUGCAUUGUGCGUGAGCAGGACCGUUUCAUGCCGAUUGCAAACGUGAUACGCAUCAUGAGGCGCAUCCUUCCCCCGCACGCCAAGAUAUCAGACGACGCUAAGGAGACGAUUCAGGAGUGCGUGUCGGAGUACAUAAGCUUCAUCACGAGCGAGGCUAAUGACAGGUGUCAGCGUGAGCAGCGAAAGACCAUAACUGCCGAGGACAUCCUUUGGGCCAUGUCCAAACUCGGCUUCGACGACUAUAUCGAGCCCCUCACUGUUUACCUCCACCGCUACCGAGAGCUCGAUGGUGGGGACCGUGGCUCCCUCCGUGGGGACCCCUUAGCUGCCGUCAAGAGGGCCCCACUGCCCUUCCACCCGCCACCGGCGGUGGCUUUUCACCAUGGCUUCUUUGGGGGACCGUCGGUGAAUUUGGGUUUCUUCAAGGACAAUGGGAGUGUGGGGCCGUCACAGUUUCCUCACUGUAAGGAGUAG